CCCGGACCAACGCAACCUAUAACUCAGGAUCGUAUUCAUCGGGGCUCUGAAGUCUUGCUUUGAUCGCAUAUCUACUGAGCUAUAUCGUGUCUCAACGCGACUUUGCGCAGUGCCCCGUGGUGACGGCCGCAGGCUCCAGCACACACCGCAGAAACCUCCGCCAUGAGUACCUUAACCACAGCCACCCUAAAAACAGUAAAUCCACCGAUUCUGCCUCCUCCAUUCUCCGCCAACCAGCCUCCCACCGUCCGCCUUUAUCCUCUGUCCAACUACACCUUUGGAACAAAAGAAACACAACCAGAGGAGGAUCCUUCAGUGAUUGCCCGGCUCAAACGCCUUGGAGAGCACUAUGAAAGCUAUGGCAUGAGACGCACUUGUGAGGGUAUCUUGGUCUGCCAUGAACACAACCACCCACACGUCCUGAUGCUUCAGAUCGCAAAUGCCUUCUUCAAGCUGCCAGGCGACUACUUGCCCCACGACGCGGAUGAAAUAGAGGGAUUCAAGGCUCGUCUGAAUGAUAGACUCGCUCCCACGAACCCGAAAGAAGGCGACAUGGAUUGGGAAAUCGGAGACUGUCUGGCCCAAUGGUGGCGACCGAAUCACGAAACCUUCCUCUAUCCGUUUCUCCCUGCUCAUGUUUCACGCCCGAAGGAGCUCAAGAAGUUGUACCUAAUACACCUUCCUCCGAACAAAGUGCUUAGUGUGCCGAAGAAUAUGAAGUUGCUGGCGGUUCCGUUGUUUGAGCUGUACGACAAUACUGCAAGAUAUGGACCUCAGCUGAGCUCCAUCCCUCAUUACUUGUCACGAUACAGGUUCGAGUUUGUGGACGAGGACGGAAAUGUCAGCAGCGUCAUGCCAGGCGGGGAAGGCACACUUGGACCUGAAGUGGCUAUCAAAGUCCUGGCUGAUGGAACUGUCAAAGACGAGAAGGACGACUCCGCGGAGGACGUCAAGAUUGAGAAUGGCCACUGAGUCGUUCAUCGAUUUCCCACAUCCAAUCUUCAGCAAGAACCGUUGGUCAAUGCAAGGCAUUCCCACAUGUCAUGCGAAGCCAAGUCUGACGACUAUGACGAAAUUUUGUCAACUCUUGUCAAGACUACUUCGUACAUUUAGCACUGUUUCGGUCCAGCUGGGCUCCAUUGGCAUGCUGGUCAGAUACGUCCACCAAGCGAGAUCGCCAUCAUCGAGUUGCCAUGAGCCCGCAGACUUUGGCUUGCGCUCGCUUACCUCGGUCUUUAGUGUGUUGGAUUUCAAUUCUCCGCAGAGGAAAUCCAAGACUCACAACCUGUCAUCAGCUAACUAUUGUCUUGUGACAAAACGCUCUCAUCAGCGAUUUGACAAACUCGGUACACCCGGCAUACUGGGUCAGGUCAAUCACCUUAAUGGCGGCCACGCCUUGGGAUUUUUAGAGUGGCACGAGUGGCAGCCAAGAGACAAAGCAUGUGGACACAAAAUGAUUCGUCAUCACGUGACCAUAUGCCAAAACAACAUCCGAAAAAGCAUAACUGUACCAAAGGUGCAUCCGAAGUUUCAAUCAUAAGGUCAUGCUGGUUUUAGCCCUACACAUACUUUUGGUGGGGACUCCAUGUCGCCGUUGUCAACAUUGCAUUGCAUGGGGUUGGGCUUGAUCGACAAGUUACAGUCUACUCCAAUCAUACACUUCAUGUCACUUGUUCUUCCCUACUCGUGGCGACCAAAGGACAUGCUGGGCCGCAUGGAAGGCACUUUGUGGUACCAUGUCAAGAUGCGACAUGUCUAUCACAGUCAAUAUGCAGCCUAACAGAAUUUCUGAUGUGUAACCUGUCGUGCCUGUCAAAGUCGUGUUGGAUUUCUCUAUACCAUCCCUACCAUCCAUGGGCUUAAAAGUCAAGUCAACCGUUUCUAGGCCAGUCCUCAAAACUAUCCGCUUUCUUGUUUAGUGGCUCCCGUCCGGGGUGUCACACGCACAUUCAAACCUUCUUGUUUGCAAAACCACAAGUUCCUCGUCGACCAUGUGUCAUUUUCGUCCCACAGAUCGACCCUGAAUUUCGUCAGCAAGUACGGAACCAGCUUGUGCAGCUCCGCAAGCGAGAUGUUCUUGCCGAUGCAGGUUCGGGUGCCGGCUCCAAAGUGUAGCAGAUGCUUGUCCAUGGCGGCUGCAUUCCCCUCCAACCAACGUUCUGG